AGAUGACCUCCAGCAACUGCAGUCAGACGGGGUGCCGUCAGAGGUCACCGACUGGCUGGCUUCCACUUUCACCCAGAAGAUCCGCCGUCCUACGCGACGCUCCGAUGAGAAGCCCAAGUUUCGCAGCAUUGUGUAUGCAGUGCAAGCUGGGAUAUUUGUGGAGCGGAUGUUCAAGAGGGCCUACACAGCAGCCAUGCCGGACCAACCUGCAGCGGUCGUAAAUUGCCUCAGGGACGUGGACCGUUGGAGCUUUGAUGUGUUUGCUCUGAACUCAGCCAGCUCCGAUCACGCACUCCGAACUCUGUUCUUUGAGCUGAUCACCAGAUAUGAGCUCAACAGUCGCUUUAAGAUUCCCAUCUCGUGCCUCACAGAAUUUCUGUCCGCGCUGGAGAGAGGAUACUGCAAAUACAACAACCCCUACCACAACCACGUUCACGCUGCUGAUGUAACUCAGACUCUGCACUGUCUGCUGCUGCGCUCCGGACUCGUGCACUGGCUGACAGAGCUCGAGGUGAUGGCAUCCCUGUUUGCUGCAGCCAUCCAUGACUAUGAACACACGGGAACUACAAAUAACUUUCACAUCCACACAAAGUCAGAGUUUGCAUUGAUCUACAAUGACCGGUCUGUACAAGAGAGCCAUCACCUGAGCGCAGCCUUUCGCCUACUGCUGGAUGACCAAAUGAACAUCUUUAUUAAUUUGACGCGGGAGGAAUGGAUGGAGCUGCGGUCACUCGUUAUAGAGAUGGUGUUGUCCACGGACAUGUCCUCCCACCUUCUCCAGGUCAAAGCGAUGAAAUCCUGUCUACAACAACAAGAACGGAUUGACAAGCCCAAAGCACUGUCUCUGUUACUGCACACGGCUGACAUAAGUCAUCCAUCCAAGCCUUGGGCGCUGCACUCUCGCUGGACCAAAGCCUUGAUGGAGGAGUUUUUCAGACAGGGUGAUAGAGAGGCAGAGCUCGGCCUCCCCUUCUCUCCACUGUGUGAUCGACAAACCACCCUAGUAGCUGAAUCCCAGAUCGGUUUCAUAGACUUCAUUGUGUAUCCUACAUUUUCUCUGCUGACCGAUAUGGCUGAAAAGAUUGUUAUUCCUUUGGUGGAAGAGAACCCAGGUCCACCAGACCCCUGCAACAGACAUAGUAAUCUUUGGAAGGAGAGCUCCAGAGGCCUGCAGUGGAGCCUCGCACACAUCACAGCUGAGCUGGUGAGCUUCCGCUCCACUUGGACACGGCACACUGAGGACAACAAGCUCAAAUGGAAGGAAAGUGGCUCAAAUGGAUUUUCAGACCCCGGCGAGACAAAAGAGCAGCGAUCGAGACAAGAAGUGCUGUCGGAAAAAUCCCUGCAAGACCCCACUACAGAUACAAAAUAGCAGACGGCUGUUCAUUUGUAAUACGUGUUUGCAGAAUAGAAAAAAAGUAACAUUUUUGUAACAAAACUCAGAUACCUUUUACUUUAAAAACUGAGAGAUCUUACCAAGGUAAGAUGUAGCGUAAUCACAGAAACUUCCUCAUGUCUCAUUUUAAAUGUAGCAUACUACAAUAAUUUAAACACAAAAGUACACAUGCUGGUCAUGUUAUACAGUCUAGUCCAUAUCAUUAAUUUAAUUUGUCAUCUAAACAGCUGUAAGUUACAUUUGAACUUUCAAAGCAUAAAACAAUCAUUUAACCUUAAAAUAAACUUUGUGUCAUAUAUGA